CUCUUGCCAGAGCGGUCGCCUAUUUGUUAUAUAGCAAACCCGAAAGAAGAAAAUAAAUACUGUCAUUGUAUUGAUCUUUAAAUACAGAACACUCAAAGGUAACUGUUCCUAAGGAAUUUCUGCGUUGACUGCUUGGGUUACUGCAUACGAACGGAGCUGGUAUUGUUAUGGGGAUAUAGAUUUCCUGUACUGGACUGUAAAUUUGCACAAAUACUUAUACCAGCAAUAAUCAAGAGGCACCGCAUAUUAGCCCAAUAUUAGACAUUGGUUGGCCCGUCUUUCAAAGUCAUUUAUUAUCCAGUGUUUCUCCAUUCAGACUGGCUUCACUCAUUAAAGCUGCACAAACCAUGCAGGAUGAUUUACUGAUGGACAAAAGCAAAGCCCAGCCCCAGCAGCAGCGGCAGCAGCAGCAGCAAGAUCCAAACGCAGCAGAAACCCCUUCUACACCCAUCUCAUCAGAGACGUCUAAACCGGAGGACAGCAGUCCAGUGACUAGUAUCGGCACAGCAACUUCUGUCCAAAAUAGCAAGGAGAAGAUGCAGAUGGAGUCCCCCAUCUUGCCUGGCUUGAGUUUUCACCAGCCUCAGCAGGAACCAACACCCGGCACCUCCUUGUCUCCGUCCUUCGGCAGCACCUGGUCUACAGGGACCACAAACACAGUGGAUGAUAGUUUUUUCCAAGGGAUUACCCCAGUCAAUGGCACAAUGCUUUUCCAGAAUUUCCCUCACCAUGUCAACCCGGUGUUUGGUGGCACUUUCUCUCCCCAGAUCGGCCUAGCUCAGACUCAGCACCACCACCAUCAGCAGCAGCAAGCCCAACAGCAGCAGCAAAGGAGAUCACCUGUGAGUCCCAAUCAGGCACCUUUUGCCCAGAGAAAUGCUGCUUACAGCCAUCAGCCCAUUAUGACCAGCAAACCGUCUUCCUCCUCUGCCUCUUCCUCUUCCUCCUCCAGCUGGAAUAACCACCAAAAUGCAGCCUGGAGUACACCUUCCAACCCCUGGGGUGGGUUGCAAGCUGGCAGGGACCCUCGAAGGGCAGUAGGAGUGGGGGUUGGGGUAGGAGUGGGGGUUGGGGUGCCUUCCCCCCUCAAUCCUAUUUCACCCCUCAAAAAACCUUUCUCCAGCAAUGUCAUUGCCCCUCCGAAGUUCCCACGGGCUCCACCCUUAACCCCCAAAUCCUGGAUGGAGGACAAUGCCUUCAGGACCGACAAUGGCAACAGUCUGUUGCCUUUUCAGGACCGGAAUAGGCCCUAUGACACUUUUAACUUGCACUCUUUGGAAAAUUCCUUAAUGGAUAUGAUAAGGACUGAUCAUGAGCCUCUGAAAGGUAAACACUACCCUCCCAGUGGCCCACCAAUGAGUUUCGCAGAUAUAAUGUGGAGGAAUCAUUUUACAGGGCGUAUGGGAAUAAACUUCCAUCAUCCAGGAACAGAUAAUAUUAUGGCUCUUAACACCAGGAGCUAUGGGCGGAGAAGAGGUCGGUCUUCACUCUUUCCUUUUGAAGAUGGCUUCCUAGACGACAGUCAUGGUGAUCAGUCUUUAUCAUCGGGUCUCAGCUCUCCAACUCGCUGUCAGAAUGGUGAAAGAGUGGAACGCUAUUCUAGAAAGGUGUUUGUUGGAGGUCUGCCUCCUGACAUUGAUGAAGAUGAAAUCACUGCCAGCUUUCGUAGGUUUGGACCUCUUGUGGUGGACUGGCCUCACAAAGCUGAAAGCAAGUCAUAUUUUCCACCUAAAGGUUAUGCCUUUUUGCUGUUCCAAGAGGAAAGCUCUGUACAAGCACUGAUAGAUGCCUGUCUGGAAGAAGAUGGAAAACUUUACCUAUGUGUGUCAAGCCCCACCAUCAAGGACAAACCGGUGCAAAUUCGACCUUGGAACCUAAGUGACAGUGAUUUUGUAAUGGAUGGUUCUCAGCCGUUGGACCCAAGAAAAACUAUCUUUGUAGGGGGAGUUCCACGUCCCCUCCGAGCUGUUGAACUGGCAAUGAUUAUGGACCGUUUAUAUGGAGGUGUCUGCUAUGCUGGCAUUGAUACGGACCCAGAAUUGAAGUACCCAAAAGGUGCUGGCAGAGUGGCUUUCUCCAAUCAGCAGAGCUAUAUUGCUGCUAUUAGUGCUCGCUUUGUCCAGCUCCAACAUAAUGACAUUGAUAAACGGGUGGAAGUGAAGCCAUAUGUGUUGGAUGAUCAGAUGUGUGAUGAAUGCCAGGGCACUCGCUGUGGUGGAAAAUUUGCUCCGUUCUUCUGUGCCAAUGUUACCUGUUUGCAGUAUUACUGUGAAUACUGCUGGGCAAGCAUCCACUCUCGUGCUGGGCGAGAGUUCCACAAACCACUGGUGAAGGAGGGAGGUGACCGGCCACGCCACGUUCCAUUCCGCUGGAGCUGAACCCUAUGCUUAAACCCAGCAGCAAGUACUGGAGUAGAUAAAAUCGAGGGGGAAAAGAAGAGAACGCUGCCUCAGGGCUUAGUGUUCUGGAAAUCUGUGCAUUUGUCCUCGACUUUAACGAAGAUAUGGGUCUUUUUAUUACUAUUAUUAUUAUUUACAGUCACAUUACUGAACUCAGUGUCCAGUAUAAUAUAAACCGGCAGAGUGUAACUGUACUGAUUUUGCACUUUGAUUCACACAAACAUCUGCUUGGUACCUUAAUUUCCUACAUAAGACUUGUCACUAGUGACAUUACGUAGACUGCCAUUCUCAUCAGCCACCACUGGGUUGAUGUGUAUGUGAUGAAGAUUUUUUAUUAUAAUUAUUAUUUUUAUUUUUGAACUGGAGCAUGCACUUAUUUUCAGAAACUUAGACUUGCCCCUAGCAGAUGACUUACCAAAGGUAAUACUCACAAAUAGGUGGCAGAUGUAGCAAAAACUUAAACAGAUAUUCAGCAAUCAUUAGUUUGGGUCAUUUAGAGGUAGGAAUAACCCUUAAAGAAAAUAAGCCUUUAGUUGCUCUCCAUUUUGACUUGUAAGGAUGAUACCUCAUAAGCUGGAUCAGAUUUUUUUUUCCUUGUUUUGCUGAGGGUUUUUUGUUUUGUUUUUUAGGUCUUUUAGUGUUAUGUAAAUGUAUGCUGCAAUAGCUUUUGCUGCUAUUAAAAUGGUAUUACUAAUACCAUAAUACUCUAUUCAGGCUAGGGUAUCAAUUUAAAAAAAAUGAAUAUGUGAUUAAAAAUAGAGUGGCUGCUGAAAGGAGAUCAGUAUAGCAUACAGAAAGCUUCCAAGGAAGGUCAAUAUUUUUGACUGCAUGUUUACUUAAUCAGGUUGCUGCAUGCAAUAAAUUUUAUAUAUGUCUAAUAUAAAACCUGCCCACAAUGCACAAAUUAAGAAUCUAUGUAAAGGAAAAAAUUAUUACUGACUGGAGGAAGGCAUGCCUCCGUAAAUGUAAUGCUUCUGAAACUAGGAUCAGCCCAUUACAGAAUGACCUAUAUUACAGCAAAUAUAAAAAGUAGAUGUAGGAUAUUCUUAAAACAAAUUUGUGGAUGGUAGAUGAAGUACUUUGCGGUGCUCUGUUAUAUAUUGUGCAAUUUAUUUUAUAUAGUAAAGUGAUUAUGUCUAGUACUGUGAUCAAACUUAACUGUUAAAGCCUCAUAUCCAACAUUAACACACUUUUGACAGUUUAUAACAGGCAUAUAAACAAAAACAUGAGCUCUUAGUUACAAUAUCUCUCCUAAUGCUUGCACCAUUUAUGUAGCUGCAGACCUUGUCCAGAGAACCAAAGAGCUCAUACUAGCUUACAUACACUAUUGAUUAGAUAGACUGUCAAACUGAGAAACUAGGCACAUUUUUAAGAAAGUUAGGAAAAAGUGGGGUGCUAAAGAAAUGUCUGCACACAAGUUAAUAUGAGAUGUCUGCUUUCUGGGUAUGGCGUUAACUCUUUGAUCCCUGGAUGUAUCCUGUGAUGCUUGAAUACAAUUAAGACCUGCUAACACAGUAGACAUUCAUUUAGCAUGUCCUAUGGGACUGUAGAUAAUAGCAUAAAAACACACUUGGUGUACUUAUGAUUGUGAGACUGUGUACACUGUUCCCCCUCCUCCCUCCUUUGUUUUGCAGUUCUGGGGACAAUCUGACUGGAUAUGACACCGCAUAGUAGAUUUAAAUGUUCUGGGUUUUGUUUGUUGUGAUGUCCUUGUUUGUGUCUAAUUUAGUAAGAUUUUUUUUUUUGUCAACGUGUAGUUGCAAUUAUUGGCUUUGAAAGAAACUUUUCUGUUUUUGAAAAAAGAAAAAUAGUUUUUUACUGGUUUAAAAUGCUUAUUAUAAUUAUCCCUUUCAAGGUUACUUCUGGGCUUUUUGGUGAUAUUGUUUUUUCCAGCCCAGAUGUCUUUUUUUUCAUCUGUAAAAGACAUUUUGUUAUGCACUACUUUUUGUAUCUAGACAGUUUUCAACAGUCGGCCAAUGAUUUUUUUUAAAGAAAAAGGCAUGCUUUCUGACUGACAUGAUCUUUUGCAAUACCUCAAUUUUGAAAUAUAGGAAAGAAAAUGAUAUUUUCUAAGUAAGUUUAUUCAGAAAAAUAUAUAUUAAUUUAAUUCUGCAAGAAAAUGAUUUAACAGAUGGGUAACUUUAUUUUUUUCAUGCUUAUUUGCGUUUUUUGAAAAUGAAGAAGUUAAAGCUUUAUAACUGUAAUAUUAAAGAUCAUAGCUAACCUACAGAAAUCUACCUAAUUAUGUGAAAUAAGUAAACCUUUUUGAAGAAAUUCCCCUCUUUCAUGUAGACACACACCCCAGAGAGAGAGAGAGAGAGACAGAUGAAGAUGUACAGUACUGCAUAAAGUUGGAUUAAAACUAAACAACAAAGUUGUCGUAAAGAAAAUGUGUAAACACAAACUCCAUUUGGUGCUGAAAGUUGUGAAUAGAAGGUGAAGAAAUAUUUUCCCUUAAUUUCUAUAUUUAUAAUCAAGUGUGAUUAUGCACGACUGACCAGAAUUGUGAGAGUUCUUCUGUUUGUAUUUUUUAAAGAGAACUUUUUUAGUUUAUUAAAUUAUAACAUGCUCCCUUUUGUUUUGUACAUGAAUGUGCCCCUGAGUUAUUAAUGUUCUAUUAAGAGGGUCCUUCAAAAAAAAUAUUUUUUAAAAUAAGGUGUUCUGAACUGCAACUUGAUUAAGAAGCCCCUGGGUACAACAGGUCCUAUUGUGGCCUUUUCUGUUGUGAGACUUGAACUAGUCGAUUUUUUUGAAGGCUAACCUAACCUCGACUAUUUGUUGUUAUGUGCAAUACUGUUUGUACUGUUUGUAUAUAAAAAAAAGAAAAAUGAAAAGAAAAAAGGCAUAAAUCUUUAUUGCAGAUUUAUUUUCAUUGCAGACUUUAGACAUUGUGAUUCACUAAGAUCAUUUUUCUACUGUCAAAUAUGUACCUUUUCUUCAUGCUGGUAUAUUUUCAAUAGUAAUGUAGCCUUUGUACUGAGACAAAUUUUCAUUGUUAUUUUUAGAAAGAUUUUUUGCUAAGAAAAAAAUUAAACAUAUUUACAUAUUUUUCAUUUUUAUUUCAUAUUUUCUUUAAAGAGUGCUUUCUCAACCAUUAAUAUAGUUAUUUCUGGGAGAGACUUUCAUAUCUGGUCAAUGUCAUUAAUAUUAUUUUGUAUUUUUACUUGGAAUAAAUUAAUUUUAUGAUGCUAAUUCUUUAAAAGUUUAUUUUUUUCAUUUUCAGUUAUUUUUGAAGCUAAAACCUUUGUAAUAUUGUUACUAAAGUGUCUAGUUUUUGAAAUGCAAAGCUUUAUGUAUUAACUUGCUGAUGUGGUUUACAAUAGUGUGGCAAUGAUGAAAAUGGUUAUAUAAAGUGAUUGGAAAAUGUAAUGAAUAAUUGGGCAAUAAAAUGACAGAAUGAAGCAGAAAAAUGUGAUAUUUUGAAAAGCCUUUUCCUUUAUCAAAAUGAUUUAGGGAAAUAAUAGGGAUGUCACAGUACCAGUUCACUGUCUAGAUUUAUACAACACCAGUGCCGAUGAAUGCUAUUGCUAUUAUAAUGAACUAAAAUCUACUGAAAUAAUGGGUUUAUGACUGUCUGUUCAGCAUAAUGCUCCAUUGCUUUUUUUAUCAUGAACUUAUUCAAAUUCUUCUUUCAAACACUGUCUGCAGUUGAAUGUCUUAAAAUCUGCCCUAUCCCCUUUUAAUGUGUUCUGCCACCAUAUUUAUUUAUUUAUUUAUUUAUUUAAUUGUCCCCUUUCUGAAUAACUUCCCUUCUUUCAUAAUUUUUCAUUGAUGGCAUGGAACAGACUUAGAAGAAGUAAACAUGUUAACACAGGUAAAACUACAUAAUUUUUCCAGUGGAGUUACCAUGUAUUAUUGGUAGCCACAUAGUUAAUGCAAAAUAAUGUGUGUCAUUUUCUGGUAGCAAUGAAGUAACCCAUAUCACCCCUAUAUGUGACACUUUGUUCAGCUCCUUCAUCUUUUUCAAUUUUUAUUUGCUUUUCUUUUUGGUCUGUCUUUUUAGUCUCUUGCAUAUAUAGCAUCCGUGGCUGCCAUGAAAGUGUCUCUUCGCUUUCUCUUCCCUGCUGCUCACCUACCCUUCCCUUUCCCUAUUCUCCCGGCAGAACCCACAUCCCACAGCCAGUGACUCUUUACUCUGGUGUCUAAAAUAAUCCAGAUUGAAACUGGUGUUGCGUAAACAGGGCAUACAAUGACCUUCUCUGGAGAGAUCAGUUAUUUCAACUGGUUUAUUGAUGACCUUUCAUAACUAAUUUAUGCUGGUGUGAUAGAGGUCACCUAUAACUUGUAGAAAGAAAUGUGUCCAGAGUUGGGCCAUUGUGUAGAUCCUCUGUGUAUUCAGUUCCAUACGUAAUGUAUAGACUAGAUCGCUAGAAUAGUGAGGUAAAGUUUAGACUAAAAUUAGGUACUACCGGUUGGAAUAUAUACAAAUUGCAAAUAUAAAGGAGUUUAAGGAUUGAAGGGGGGAAUAAAAGAAUUUCUUAAGUGGUACAAAGUUUAUGCUUAGAUUUCUGCCUACAUGCUUGUGUUUUAUAGCCUCCUAGCAAGGCAUGGGGUAAAAUAAAUUGUAUUGCAAAUAUGCUGUUAGCAAAUAACUUGCUGAUUUCACUAUCUCUGUUACAGUAGUUUUUUUAAAAAAGCGCGUAACUGGGAAAAGCUCCCAUGUUAAUAUUUCAGUAUUGUGACAUCUCUACUUGCAAGAUAUGAGUGAAAGAUUAGUCACAGAUUUGUACAAAUGUCUCUUUUGUUUAAUCUGGCUUGUAUGUAGUUGCUUCUUACACUGGUUUGUAUGAUGUCCGUUGUUUUUUUUUAAACCAGACACACUUUCUUCUCAAUCUCAGCUGCUAUAGUGUUCUAUCAUACCACAGAGUAUUUUAUAUUCAUGUUGGUGAUUACUCUAUACCCCAAAUGGGUAGCUGGUCAGGAACUAUAAUGAUCAUAUAAUUCUGGCACAUUUAAAUUUAUAUGGAAACAAAAUUUAGCAACAAGUAGAAAACCAGGGUGCUAAUAUGGGAUAAUCAUUUCAGCUAUUUUUUCCUGGAUGUAGUUCUGUUGGGGUAUAAAGUAGUAGGUAUUUGUAAUUUUGCUGUCAAAAUAAUGGACAUAACUUUUAGAGUAUUCACAGCUAAGAUCUCUGUACUUGUUUUUCAGCUAACUAAUUUUAAAUGUACUGUAUCUUUUAUUACAUGUUCUCUUGGAUUGUUUUUGCUAGUAAUCCUAACAAGGCUUCUACUUUUUUGGCUUGGACUAAUGCUUGUAUGGAACUGCAGUACUGUGACUAAACAUGGAGCUCAAUGCUGCUAUUGCUUAAACUUUGUAGUUUGGACUUUAUUUUUUCUGUAAUAACUUAUUAAAUCUAGUUGUAUGAAGUA